UAUAAUAAAUUAACAAGAAUGAAAAAUUAAAAUGAAGGAGAGCGGUAGAAAACAAGUAGGUGUGGUGGCUGGGGGUUCCCCUUGCGCAGCAUGCAAGCUUCUAAGGAGGAGAUGUUCUCAGGAAUGCGUAUUUGCUCCCUACUUUCCAGCUGAUGAGCCGCACAAGUUUGCCAGCGUCCAUAGGGUGUUUGGUGCCAGCAAUGUAAACAAGAUGCUUCAGGAGCUGCCAGAGCAUCAGCGAGGGGAUGCAGUGAGUGCGAUGGUGUACGAGGCAAACGCGAGGAUGAGGGAUCCAGUGUACGGGUGCGUGAGUGCUAUAUCUUCUCUACAAAACCAGGUUGACCUCCUGCAGUCUCAGUUGGCACUUGCACAGGCUCAAGUUCUCCAAAUGCGAAUCUCCUCCACCCAAUCCUCCUCCUCGCUGAUAUCUAUGUCCCAGGAUCAGUACUAUAACAGUACCACUGUGCCCACUGAUCACAACUCUGCGCCACCUGAUCAUCAUCAUCAGAAUCACUCUCCCACCGCGUCCAGGGAUCAUCGCCAUCUUGAGCCCAUCUCGUCCCAUUUCAACACCGAUACGCCGCCCAUGAUGCUGGAUGAGGGCAAUAUUGGGGAUUCCUUGUGGUCGUACUAGCAUAAUAUUGCAUAUACAUGUCAUAUACCCACAUCCCUAGCUAAUUCCUGUAGCUGUAUACAUUUCCAUGUACUACUACUAUACUACUAUGGAUUGACUGCCCUGUCCCUCUUCUUUU